CAAAUUUGUAAAUCCUAUAAACAUCACAUUUAGCUGUGAUACUCACUUUCCUUUUUUUAAGGCAGUUGAUGCGUUCAUUAAGUUAUUUUAAGUGUAAUGCGCAAUUAAGAAAUAAUAAUAGAUGCACCGGACAGAAAAUUGUCUGCAAAUGUCUCGGAAAGCACAACCAGAUUGCAUACGAUACUUUCUGUCAUCGCUGCGAUCAGAUGGCUCGGACUCUUCGCAAGUUGAAGAGCUUGUCCGUGUGCUUGUGGAAUUGGGAAGCUAUGAAAAAUCGUUAGCCUCAGAAACUGUUCAAAAUGCUUUACAAGAUGGAAUACUCAGACCGGCAUUUCAAAAUAACGCAGGAUCAUCGCGUGUUCCGCGAUUAUUACGAUUACCAAAAAUUGAUGAAGCUAAGAAUGAUUUCUCACAUGACUUCUACUGCUUCGAGUGUCAUUUGCCUGGUUCCUUGACGCACUGUCGACAAUGUCCACGCUCAUUUCAUCGGUUAUGCUAUCGCAAAGAUCCAGAAAGACCAAACUAUCCGGUACCUUCAGGUAAAACCCAAAAAAAUCGACCACCCGCCUUCAGUUCAGACACCGACACUGACUCGGAUGCUGAAGGUACAGCUCAAGGCUCUACAUCUUUUGAUUAUGAGAGUGAUGUGCGUACCUCAUCUUCUUUGUUGCAACUAGACCCCAGUUCAACAAAUAGUUGGAGACAACAACGAUUAACAGAGGAAAUUACUGUUGACAGCACCUCAUCACCUGUACAAGCAGUGUUUCACAGGGUUGAAAAUGAACCAAGAAAUAGCACGAAUGCUUCAACGUUUUGCAACAAGUUAAAUAGCAACAACAAAAUGUAUGCGGAAGAGUUUGAUACGGAGUCAAAAACCAAAGUAGAAGUGGUUUGUUUGGGCGAAGUCCGCCCACCCACACGCAAGCGGCGACGCACCAUCACGUCAAAUAUUUCGUAUAAAAGUGAGAUUUGUCAAAGUGAAGAAAUGGAGUCUGAUUUAGAUUUAUGUACUUGUUGCCGAUUGUUGAAAACAGCAGAGCUGCGCCAUCCGCCGAAUAUGCAACCGGACGAACUAUGUUUUCUAAUCGGUUUUACAUUCGAACGUAACCGCUCCUGGGUCUCACAUGAUGUGUUGAGCUAUUUCGAGUCAAUAAAAUUGCCUAGUCAAUGUGCAACGAUUGUUUCAAAAUUACUCUUUAAGUUCCCCGAAAAAAAUCUUGACGAAAUUGCAGCUAAACUUAAAUCGUUGAGGUACAAUCUAUUGACCGAGUUUCUUGUGGACAUACUGGACCUGCAGCAUAACAUUGGGUUAUUUUUUGGACCUAAUGGCACGGAAAUGGAGGCUACAAAGUGGAUGGUGCGUGAUAUUGCAUACGAUUUGGCAGAGAUCCGCCGCUGUCCAGACUGUUUUCGGCAUUCGCAUGAAAAACAUUCAAGUGUCUGGUUUGCUAAACCAUGCAUCCAACGUCACGAAUUAGUUUUUGCCAAACAUAGCGGUUUUCCUUAUUGGCCGGCUAAAGUUAUACGUCUUCUGCCAAACAAUAAAUACGACGUCCGUUUCUUCGGCGGCAAUCAUUCGCGCGCUCUUAUAGAGUCACGUUUAAUACGCCCGAUCGACACAGAUAUCAAGUCGCUAAAGAUUGGUAAUAAGCCAGCUAUUAAAAAAGCUCUAGAGGAGCUGCGUAUUCAUCAGGUGCUGUCAGCAUAUCCUCCUAGCAUAUUUUCGUUCCAUGCAGACAAAACCGAAAUGGAGCAAAUUAUAAGAAAUGCUUUACAAAGAACAGCAGAUCAAUUCAUGAUUAAUACAAACAAAGGAAGAAUGCCGCCAAUGCGUCGACAAACGAUUUGUAACACAGUGCCAACUCUAAGAAUGAAUGCUUUUUUCGAUAACUCGAACGAUGUUUCAUUAUUGUCCAACCUCGAACCGCCGAUGCUUUAUGAACACGGGUUUCCCAAUGAUACAGAAACCAGAUUAAGGAGAAAAAGGGAUCCAUUCAAUCUAAGAAAGACAGCAAAACGAGCAACGCGUUCCACCAAUACCUUAGUAAAUGCGGCUGAUCUUAAACAAGUGCAGAGUCAGCUUGAUGAUGCCUUAAAAUUGGUGGCAGACACACAGAGGAAAAAUGCAAAGUUGCUUGCAAAUAUAGAUAAGCUUAAGGAAUCAAUUAAAAAACACGAACAUGAAAAGAAAAUCCUUAAGCGAAAGCAAUGGUGCUAUUGGUGUCUCAAUGAAGCAAUAUAUUUGUGUUGCUUCCGUGCCGCCUAUUGCUCGCAAGUUUGCCAGUCACGUCACUGGAAGGACGGACACAGUAAAGUGUGUAGGAAUCAAAAUGAUCAACGUCAGGCGAAUUCCACAACAUGAAGCUGCAAUAUGAAAGGGUCUUCCAUUGUUAAGUUUUUAAAUUACAUUUACAAAGUUACAUUGACUUAAGUUUUGCUCAAUAUUAAGUUUUGUUGAAUUACUCCUAAAACAUACCUAUUAUCAAGUUGUACAAGUUUUUAUAAUGAAAUUUCAUUGGUCGACGCGUCAAGAAAAGCUUAAAAGUAUGCAGAAGAGUUCUUAUUUUCGUUAUAGUCUUAUUUUUAGUUUUUUUUGCUUUAUAACACUAUUUGUAUUUGGAAUAAGAGUCGAUUGGGUUUUUCAUUUUACACACGAAACAUCACUAGAAGCCAAGCAAAGAAAAUCAAAAACUCACGAAUUGAAUUAAAACGAUAUAACGCUAUAUAUAUUAUAUAAUAUUAUAUAUAAAAAAUUACGAAUAUGAACCUUAGUUUUAGU